CGGAUCAUCAUCGUCUUCCUCUUCCAAGUAAUCAAAACAAAGCCGAGAGAUUCACAAUAUUCUCUAGUUCGAAGAAACCGCCACAGAUGAUGGCGACUAAGGCGAAUUCGUCUUCCAGCCUCCCCAAAUCUGGAGCCAUCUCUAAAGGCUACAAUUUCGCUUCUACUUGGGAACAGAGCGCUCCUUUGACAGAGCAGCAACAAGCAGCUAUAGUUUCUCUAUCCCACGCAGUCGCUGAGCGGCCAUUUCCUGCCAACCUUGUACAUGAGCAUGUUCACCGCCCCGAGAAUGGCUUGUCUGUCUCAGCAGAGGACGCAAACUUCGGAGAUUCUGGUGCAAUUGAAGCUGUUUUGGUUAAUACAAAUCAGUUCUACAAAUGGUUUACUGAUCUUGAAUCAGCGAUGAAGUCUGAGACAGAGGAGAAGUAUCGGCUCUAUGUCAGUACUUUAACUGUGCGCAUCCAGACGUGUGAUGAUAUAUUCCACCAGGUUGAUGAAACACUUGACCUAUUUAAUGAACUGCAGCUUCAACAUCAAGGAGUAACAACAAAGACUAAAACUCUUCAUGAUGCAUGUGACCGACUGUUGAUGGAGAAGCAGAAAUUGAUGGAGUUUGCAGAAGCUCUAAGGAGUAAGCUCAACUAUUUUGAUGAAUUGGAGAAUAUAUCCUCUAAUUUUUAUUCACCAAAUAUGAACGUAUCAAACUCAAACUUUCUCCCACUACUGAAACGGCUGGAUGAGUGCAUAUCGUACAUCGAAGAUAAUCCUCAAUAUGCGGAGUCGAGUGUUUAUUUGCUCAAAUUUCGUCAGCUCCAGUCACGGGCCUUGGGCAUGAUUCGAACUUACAUCCUUGCAGUGCUUAAAAUGGCUGCUUCUCAGGUUCAGGCAGCAUUUCGUGGGCCAGGAGGAAACANGUACAUCGAAGAUAAUCCUCAAUAUGCGGAGUCGAGUGUUUAUUUGCUCAAAUUUCGUCAGCUCCAGUCACGGGCCUUGGGCAUGAUUCGAACUUACAUCCUUGCAGUGCUUAAAAUGGCUGCUUCUCAGGUUCAGGCAGCAUUUCGUGGGCCAGGAGGAAACAAAACAUCUGUCUCGGAGGGUGUCGAGGCAUCUGUUAUAUAUGUUCGUUUCAAGGCUGCUGCAAGUGAGCUUAAACCUGUACUGGAGGAAAUCGAGAGUAGGUCAGCAAGAAAGGAAUAUGUUCAAAUCCUUGCAGAAUGCCACAGACUAUACUGUGAACAACGGCUCUCGCUUUCACGGGCCUUGGGCAUGAUUCGAACUUACAUCCUUGCAGUGCUUAAAAUGGCUGCUUCUCAGGUUCAGGCAGCAUUUCGUGGGCCAGGAGGAAACAAAACAUCUGUCUCGGAGGGUGUCGAGGCAUCUGUUAUAUAUGUUCGUUUCAAGGCUGCUGCAAGUGAGGGAAAAACGAGUAAGCGUAUGUCAUCCAGAUUGUUUUCGUUUGUUAUAUCUUGUGUGGUACUUUCAAUUUAUCAUAUUUGCUUGUUCCUGAUCAGGUCUACAUACUUAUAUGAUAUUUUACGUCCAAAACUGAUACACGAAGCAAAUAUUGAUCUUCUAUGUGAGCUCAUUCAUAUCCUUAAAGUUGAAGUCUUGGGGGAGCAGCCAGCUAGACAGAGUGAACCCCUGGCCGGACUGCGGCCUACAUUACAAAGGAUUUUAGCCGAUGUUAAUGAAAGAUUGACUUUCCGUGCCAGAACAUAUAUUCGAGAUGAGAUAGCAAAUUAUAUUCCCUCUGAUGAAGAUCUGGAUUAUCCUGCAAAGCUGGAGGGAUCUCCUAAUACAACAUCUGAAACUAAUUCCGGGGAUGAUGAAAACGCUGAUGUAUUUAAGACUUGGUAUCCACCUUUGGAAAAGACUCUCUCUUGUCUAUCUAAAUUAUAUCGAUGCUUGGAACCUGCAGUCUUCACUGGAUUAGCACAGGAAGCUGUAGAAGUUUGCUCUCUGUCAAUUCAAAAAGCCAGCAAGCUUAUCAUUAAGCGAUCUACUACAAUGGAUGGCCAGCUUUUCCUUAUCAAGCAUCUUCUUAUCUUGAGAGAACAGAUUGCGCCUUUUGACAUAGAAUUUUCAGUCACCCACAAAGAACUUGAUUUCUCUCAUCUACUGGAACACUUGAGAAGGAUACUUAGAGGUCAAGCGUCACUUUUUGACUGGUCUAGGUCAACCUCCCUAGCAAGGACCCUGUCACCUCGAGUUUUGGAGAGUCAAAUAGAUGCCAAGAAGGAACUGGAAAAAUGUCUUAAGACAACUUGUGAGGAGUUCAUUAUGUCAGUCACUAAGCUAGUUGUGGAUCCUAUGCUUUCAUUUGUGACCAAGGUCACAGCCAUAAAAGUUGCUCUUUCCACCGGAACUCAGAAUCAAAAGGUUGAUUCUGUCAUGGCUAGGCCGCUGAAGGAACAAGCUUUCGCUACACCGGAUAAGGUGGCGGAACUUGUUCAAAAGGUAUAUGCUGCAAUACAGCAAGAGUUACUUCCGAUUUUAGCAAAAAUGAAACUCUAUUUGCAAAACCCAUCAACAAGGACCAUACUUUUCAAGCCAAUCAAGACAAAUAUAGUGGAAGCUCAUACACAAGUGGAGUCCUUGCUGAAAGCUGAGUACUCAUCAGAAGAACAAGGCAAUAUCAAUAUGAUCUCCAUUCAGGAUUUGCAAACCCAACUCGAUAAUUUCCUUUAAUGGUCAUGGCUCAAUCAAUACCCAUGUUUUUGAUGUCUGUACUUCCUCGGGGUUUUAUCUAUAUAGAGAUUUAAUUCUUUUGACGACUUUGUUUGCUACACUUUACAAGAGUUGGCUUUAGAAGAUAAUAUAUAUUAUUUUGUAUAAAAGAACUCAUACAUCUUGGGCUCUACAUUACGAUCAAUAAGUGUAGAUCUUUUGCUUAUAUAAAUUAGCUGUCAAGUUCUUGUUU